AUGUCUGAUCGAUUCCACCACCCAUCACGUAGGCAGCUGCAUGAGGCCGGUUGGCCUUACAGUCGAGUCUCUGGAGUAUCCAGGAGCACUCAAACCGCCGACGACUCGCUGGCAGACAGCGAUUCUGAAGAAUUCUAUGACACAACCCAAUAUGCAUCGCAGCCCUCGGGCAGCCAGCGGGGCACUGAUAGGCAUGGCCGAGAGCGCUCCCGUGCAACCCGCAGGAAACCAAGUCCGGCCGGGCCCGCCUCACCUGUCUAUGAGAUUAUAGACGACGAUGAUACCGCUGUAAUCCACCAGCACCGGAUCGAGCGCGAUGAGGAAACUCAACUGGGCGAAUUUCGGGAGCAAGUCUUGCGCGAUCUCGCAGCGCAGCCCAUCCAAGCCCAACAACCGCAAUCCAUCUCCAGCCGAACCUACCAAGUUGCAGAGGCUGGCCGGCCGACUGCUCGAUGGACACCCGGGGAAACAGACGCACUGGUGAGACUGCUAGAGACCAUUGGCCCCGCCUGGUCUGCGAUGCGCAAUGAGAACCUGAGGCAAUACGAAAAGCAUGGGCCAGCCGAGAGCAUCCACCCAGCCCGCAAGGGAACGCAGUACCGAGAGAAGGCCCGAUCGAUGAAGAUGAUGUUUUUAAUCAAUAGACAGCCCAUCCCCAGGGGGUUCGAUGAAUUCGAGCUGGGCGACCAUGAGCUUAUGAAAGUCGCCCAGCGCCAAGUGUCACUGGGACAGCAGAGCACACAGCGCCGGGAGACGACCAGACGCCCGGCGUUGGAUCAGCCUGAGCCAGCCCCGAGGGGAUCACGGGCCUAUGAGAGAAAUCUGGUGCCCCCGACGCCCAGGCGGUCACGGGCCUACGAGAGAAAUUGGCUGCCCCCGACGCCCCCGACGCCCAGGCAGUCACGGGCCUACGAGAGAAAUUUGGUGCCUCCGACGCCUCCGACGCCCAAGCAGUCACGGGCAUACGAGAGAAAUUCCACCCCGACCCCCAGCCAGUCACGGGCCUAUACGGAGCCCCCGGGCGGAUCCACCUGGGCAUGA